UUGUAAAACACAACAGGAAGAGGUCCAGUACUGCUGUGUGCCAGAGGGACACCUGCAGAGCUGCCGCAGGGGUGGAAGUGAGCCACGGGCUGUAUGGGUAGUGCUGAGAACACUGCAGGGCUGCACAAAUCUGACACCAAACUAGGGCACUGUUUUUGGUUUCUGUUCUUUUCUGACACCUGUAGGUAAGUGUGAACUGCUCAACAGACUUCUGCAGCACCUUACAGACUGGAGGAACGAUCACAUUGCAUUCUUAGCAACCCAGAUUAAUUAUAACCCAGGAAUACCAACUGCAAAUGUACUGAGUUGCCAAGACGGGAGCUGGCUGAGUGCCAGUGCCUGAAUGAGGACAUAGCAUCCCAUCAGGACUCCCUGGGAGCAGCAGGGGUUAUUGCAGUUGCAGAAUACCCUUUCUUUUCAGCUUUUCUAUGUCUAAGAAGAGUAACUGUAACAGAGGUAUCAGCUACUUUCUGUGAUCUUUACCAGUCAAUCUGCACAAAUCAUUCCUUCCUAAACUUCAUUUAGGAACUGGAUCUUGGUCCUCCUACUGGAGAAAUAAUUACACUUAACAAGACCUUACUACCUACUGAAAAAGAUAAUGACUGAAUUCCUGGUUUGCUUUAACUGGUGCAAUGGUGAACAGCCCCAGCCGAAGAGGCGUCGGAGACUGGACCGGAACAUGAUAGGAGAACCAAUGAACUUUGUACACACUGCACAUGUUGGGGCAGGAGAGAUGAGUAGUGGCUAUUCAUCAGCUGUAACAAUUCAGGACCACAUGAAGUCUAAAGGUGGCUACACAAAUGGCACUUCUGCAGCUGUUGAGAUAUAGGAAAUGGAGAAGGCUGAAAUCUGCUCUGUGCUCUCAGAAGGACUCUCUGGACUGUGCUUUCAUUCUCUAAGACCUCUUUAUCAUGGAAUAGAGAGAAGACUUGAAUUAUAAAUAGAUCAGUGCAAGUUUGCGUGGUCUUAGCAUCACAGCUUAUGAAGGAGCAUUAUCAUUAAAAUGGUCUGUCGUGGUAGUGUUGUAGUAGCAUCUGUAAUUUUCCACUUUAGAUGAUGUCCUAGCUGUGUCCCAAAAACCUCACAAAGGUGUCUUGUACGAUGGGAUUGGAUGUCAGUAUGAAUUGUCAGGGGUUCUGGUCUGUCUUUUCUCCCCUCAAGAAAUGCACAACUUGUUUUAUUUGAGAGAUGUUUGCACUUUUUAUGUGGGAUAAACUGAAUUGCCAAGUAUAAUCUUAUAUCUUGUAAUAUAACUUUGGGCCUGGUUUUUAGAUGGCUUACAAUGUAAUGCAUGAAACUGCUGAGCUGUGCUUUGGCAUUUUUUCACGUCCUUUGAUGGUGAGUGAACUGUAACACAGUGUAGUUAUCUGAGUCUGCAAAACCCAGUGAAACUUCUGCCUUGCUGUGAUAAUGCUUUUGUAGCCAAAAAUGGAGGGUGUGCAAACAUACCUGCUCUCGAGUCAGGCUUGGGAAAACAGCCAUUUCUCUCAGUUCCUGGGCUGUCUGCCUUCCAUACAUGCACUAGUGUGACUGACAGGCAUUACUGCAACAGAGCUAAUAGUAUGUACCAGUUAAUUUUAAGUGAUGCUAUGAUAUGCUCACAACUGUGUGUUAAUUUUGCAUGGCUAGUAUUGAAUUCUAAACUAACAAUUAAGACCACUCUAUUACCCAUCUGUAACAGUAACUACACAGGACUUCAAGGGAUGUAUCACUUGUCUUUCUGGCUCCUUAAUUUUGAGGCUGUCUUUUUAAAAAUUAACUGAUUUUUUUUAAUGCAUAUGGUUUAAAUAAAAAGUGUGCCUUAAGUCAGAGAGCCCUGUGGGCACAAACUUAAAGAAGAUUGUGAAAACUUUCAGGGGAAUAUUAAAUGAGAACAAUGUCUUACAGAGUUCCAGCGCUUAAUAAAAUAGCCAUAUAUAUUUAGCCAUACCCAAUCUACAGUUUCUUUAGUUCAUAUGCACCUUUCUAUUAGGUGAUAUGGCAAAGCUGCUGAAGUGGAGCUAGACUUUUCCUUUACCAAAUCACUGACAACUGCCCUCCAGCUCAAAAUUCUGAAUGACUGCCAGUGCAGAGACGGGAAGUCUGCUUGCUGUCAUGAGAUUAAGUAAAUACAAGCACUGAAAUUGCUGCCAUAUCAGCACCAGUUAUGCUGGAAGUCAGUGGAACUCUCUUUUUCUUGCCCCAGGCCUGAGAUCAAUUAGGAACCCUUCUUGUUUUUUCUCAGUUCAAAAACCUCCACCUAGCUGGCACAUCUUUUAACGUAUGAUUCUGUUUGUGGCUUGUGAUACUUUUCAAAUCCAGAUUUUUGCCUUUGCUAGAUUGUUGGGCUGCCUUUUCUGAGUAUCCCUGGAGACUUAAAACAUGAAAGUUAGCUUUGUGUUUCUCUAUGCAUUGAAAACCCAACUCCUCCUCCUCCCCAUACUUCAUCUUUAAGGGCUAAAGAGGAAGAGAGAAUGUUACUGCUUGUAACGGUCAACAGCUGAUCAUAACAUUGUGCUACCACCUAAGAGAAAUCUGAUAUCUAUGUCUUACUAAAUCCUUACUCUUUAAUUAGAAUGCAUGCCAAACUUUAAUAUAUGUUGAAAUUAGUAUGUUGGUUGUACACUUAACUUUUUCAAGUCUUUCACGUUGCUGUCUUCUAACUCCAGUUGUAUUUCAACAUCCUAGUUAAGAUGGAGAGGUCAAAGACACUAAAUCCUGUUGAGAAAGCAUAAAGGGGCCAGAUCAUAGAAGUUUUUAAAGAAUAGAUUUCAAUUCAUCUGCUGUCACAUUGACUUCAUGUACUCACUGCUCCCCACCUGCCCAGAAAGACUAGUGCUAGGGAGCUGCCAUGAAGAAAAUGGGAUGCAUUUUCUUACCACUAAGAAAACAAAUGGACCAGAAAUUAGUGUUUCUUGAAGACUCAUUCACUAUGUUUAAGAUUAGUGGUGUAAGUGUAACCAGAAAUAAAGGAGCUGGUGAUAAUAUCAGUUCUUCUCUCUAAAUUACCUGAGAAUUUUUUAUUAAACCCUUAUUUAUAGAAUAAAUCCCAGUUUUUCAUUAUGCAAACCAAGUAGCACUAUCUGGUGUAAAAUUAACCAGUUUUCAUCAGACACUAUACAGUAUUAUGUAGGAGCAUAUUAAAGUGUCACAUCAUUAAAAGGAAAUGUUUUGCUCUUGCAUUAAGGCUGACAUUACUUUUAAAAUCUAAACAAGCAUCAAAGCAUAUCUUGGGACUUUGUUGUUUAUUUAGCAACCUUACCUAGCUGUAAUCUCCCAUCUAA